UUUGGCCUUUUGCAUCUUAAUUGAUGUUUUGUGGCACUAUCAGACUUACUAUUUCGCUUACAACCUCAACGUCAGGAAGUAAAAAUCAGUUGAAGCCUGAGUUGGAGCCUAAGUCGAGCUUAGAAAACGGCCCUCUCUGCAAAGAUUGCAUGGCACUAGCGCUAGCGGCGCGCAGUAUACAAAUAUUUGCUACAGACUGCAGACUGAGAAGGCCUACGUAUAGUGCAUGUAAAAUAGACUUGAUGUUCAGAAAAUAAGGAGGCCUCAGCUCAAAGACCUGUAUGCCAGACAAGGACCAGUAGGACCUCAAAAUGCAAGCAUCAUCUGUUGAUAGUUCCUUACUGGCUGCACUGCAGGACAUCCAGAAAUUCACUGGAUCAGGAAAGGACUGUUCCUCUAAGCAGGCUGAUGGGGGUGCAUAUAAGGGAGGACGGCGGUUCAAGAUCACAGCCACCCAGAGGAAGAAACACAAGCUGAUUGACAUCCAUACUGGCUACACCUACACAGUCCGGAAAACCCACAAAAACUCCACACUGUGGCAGUGCAGCACACGCAACAAGAGCAUCUACUGCAAAGCCACACUCAUUCAGAUGGGCAACAAGUUCAGAAUGGGAAAUUGUAGUCACAUCCAUCCAGGCCAGAUUGGGGCAGCUGAAUUUGUCGGGAAGAAGAAGUCAUCAAAGGAAAAGGCCCAUCCCAAGAACACAUUUGUGCAGGAUUCGCCCAUUGAAAUGGAAGAAAUUUGUCUGACUGAAGAUGCUGCAGCAAUGCAAGAACAAAAUACUAUGCAGGAGGUUCCUGAGAUAACGGCAGGGCCGGUGUACUUGGGGUCACAGGUCACUGUCGCCCAGACAGAUACAGACGACAUGGAAGAGGAUGCCAACGUGGGCAGUGUUGCAAAAGAGCAGCAUUUGGAAGAUCUGGAUAAAAAUCACAACAUCUCGAGCAACUCGCCAGAGAGGUCACAAUCUGGGAUUAAUGCUGGAGCAAAUCCCAUGCCGUAUGAAGUGUUCCUUCAGGAAAAUGCUGAACAUGUAGAAGUGCCUCUGGAGGGUAAUCUGGGGCCUGGUGUGGGGUGCGAGGUCAACCACACUGAAACUGAAGGGGAGGAAUUUCAAGAAGAGAGAUUGCCAGAGGCAGAAUAUACAGUCAUAGAUGGCUCCUCUCAGAGACGGCAGGCCAAAUUGAUUGAUAAUGCUGGGUAUACAUACACACUCAAGAAUAAGACUUGCUUCACCAGCUACUGGCGAUGCAGCAUUCGAAACAAAAAUCUUCUGUGUCGGGCCUCAGUCAUGCAGACCAAAGAGAAUUUUAAGAGAGGGAAGUUCAAUCACAUCCAUCCCAGUAAGCCCAACUGUGAAGUGGCUGCACGUUUAGUGGCACAGGUCAAGGCCAAAGUUUGCCAGAAACCCGAUAACCCAACGAGCAGCAUUGUUGGUGAGGCCAUGUUGGAGACAGUGGGUUACUACACGCCCAGCCCUGGUUUACCAAAGCCCAAUAACCUGGCCCGCACUGCCAACCGACUGCGACAUAAGCUAUCCCAGGGUGUUGAUAAUAUACACACUGCCUCCAUACCUGUUGCCUUUCUACAGAAAGUCGUCAACUGUAAGGAGAAAUCCCAUAUCCUCUUGGCCUCUCCAGAGCUGCUCCAGCUCCUGAGUCAGAUGACACGGUGGUAUAUUGACAUCAAUCGCAAAGUUGUGAAGGCACCUCUCAAGGAGCUGAUGUCAGUUCAUUCCUUUAUAACAGAUGACACAGGGACUAGACCUAUACCCUUGGCCUUCGUGCUGAUGUCGAGCCAGAAAAAGAAAGACUACAAAGCAGUGUUCAGUUCUAUCAAAGAACGUCUCCCUGGAAAAUGUUCCAUGGAAGAGUGUGUUGUACCCUAUGAGCCAGCCCUGUGGAGAGCCAUCAGUGACAUCUUUCCAGGUGUUCGAUGUUCAGGGAGUUCCGCCCACUGGUCCCAAGCCAUCAGGAAAAAGAUAAAGGAAUUUGAGAUUCAGAGGAGUGACAGCUAUGUGCGUGAGCCCAGGAAGGUAUUCCGGCUUCUCCAGAAGUUGGUUGCUCUGGCUUUCCUCCCAGCGGAGUUCAUACCAAGGAUGGUCAAUGAACUCCACAACAAGGCUAACACCACAACAUUGCAUCAGCUCCUGAACUACCUAAAGGCCACAUGGAUCGAGGGGCCAACUUGCAUGUGGUCUCCAACAGUUUGGAGUGUCUACUUAGAGCCUUGGCGGAUUAAUAAUGAACUUGAGGUCUGGCAGCUGCAACUGAACAGCAGAAUGAAGAAGGGCAAGUUGCCCCUAAGUAUGCUGAUCAUGCAUCUGUUCAAUGAGUCCAAGGUGGUCACUACUGGUAGCAAUCUGAAGCCCACAUCCAAGAGGAACCUGAAGCGACAUCACAGCAUGACCUACAAGAACUACCAGUUGAUCAAAUUCUGGAAGGAGUUCCAGCGAGGGGACAGGACACUGAAGCAGCUGCUGAAGGCAUGUGUCAGUUUGUAUCAGGUGGAAAAUAGCUUAGUCUGAGUGUACUAUAUUUAACUUUAGACUCAGCUGGUUUUCUUCGUAUGUUGCUGUUGUAACCAGACAGUGUCCCAGCUUGUGAAGAAGCACAUGUACAUGUAUGGUACGCGAAGCAUCAGCCAUGGCUCUUUUCUUUCAUGUUUAACAUUUUUACUAACUAUAAAAUGCUCAACAGUCCUAAAAGUUGACUAUUUUCAACAGUUACCACAUUGUUUCAACACUUUAUUGGUUAUUGAAGUGGUCAAUUUAAGUAGGUUUGUGGUAGCACCUUGUAAGUAUGAGACUGCUGUCCUGACUGCAGUCCCCUGAUGACAGGCAUGCAUACUUUUCAAGAUGUUGAGUUCCUGUCAGUUCUUAAAUUUAGAACCAUACAUAAACAAGAAAAAAGUUUUCACAUGGUGCUACCACAAACCUACUACUUACAUGUAACAUGUCACCUUUUUUGUGAAAAUCUUCAAAUAUCGUCUGACGUGUUCAAAAAGCAUUUCAAGAGUGUUUUUCUCAAAUAAUUUUUUGCAAGAGAUAGGGUUUUCUUGCUCACCUUAUUUGUACACAGAUGUACGUCUGAAUUUCCGGAUGCUUGAUGUAUGGAUAUUGUGUACAGAUAUUUCUUUUUAUGUGUUAUAUGAAAGGUACUUUUUUCAGCCGGUUGCUCCUAAUUCAGUUAAGAACCAAUUUUGUUCAAUUGAACAGUGCAUAAGUGUCAUUCAGAUUCAUACUGGGUGAAUGAAAUGAGAAAUUCCUCCCGAAUUUUACUUUCAUAUUCGUCUAGGGAAAUCGUCUUCGCAGUUUGAGCCUUCAAAUUGAAAACUUCAAAGUAAGAGCAGUAUACAGUAAAUUAAGAUACAAAUUAAAAUGCGUAUAGAAAGGAAAAGGAGAUUACAAAUAGAAAACGUGCUAGAAGUGUGUCCCACAUAUUGACUUGAAUGUAUAGUUUAAUAUUUCUCAAACAAAGUACACAUCAAGAAUACAGUACAUUUGCUCCAAUACUGAUUGCAUGUUUAAUCAAAAUGAAGAAAUGAAACUCUCCUUGGACCUUCAUCAUGGACGCUGGAAGAAAAAUCCUUAAGAUGCAGUUUACUGAUUUGUAAUGCAUUAUUUUUUACACACAAGAAACACACAUGUAUCUCUGCAAAUGUGCAUGUAAGAUUUUUCGGCUUCUGGUAAACAAUGGCUUAUUUUCUUUUUGUCACGUUUUUAAAGCAAUAAUUUAGCUCUCAUGUUUCAUUCAAUUUUACUUAUCCUUUUAGAUAUUUUACUUUGCUGUUCAUUCUUUUCAUAACAAUUGAAACAGAAACAAAAUACGAAUUAGCAAAUUAGCAAAUUAACAUUGAUCAAUCAUUAGUUUUAUGGAGAUCUCUACCCGUGAACCAAAUGUUUGCUUUCAUGAAAUAUAUUGCAUAAACUAGUCACGGAGAAAAAAAAAUCAGAUGAUUUCAUGCGUAACGAAUAGCAUUGCACGAAUCUCACAAAUGUCUGCCAAUUCACGGAAAUUGAAUGCCAAAACACGUACCAGGGAAUUGGCUGUGCAAUUUUGAAGGUUUUUUAUGUGUUUUUUUCCAAAUGGAAUGCUGACCUUUCAACAUUGUGCAAUCCCAUGCUCUUAAAAUGAAAUUUAUUUAUCAGUUUUGCCUUUUUUUUUGUGCACCACAGCCAAACAUACUUUAGGCCAUUUCCUUGUGGUUUGUUGGACUUGGAACCAUAAGCUAGAGCAGACAAUAGAGGGAUCCCAAUACGACGCUUUUAGCGUGGAUCUGCGCACUUCUGCGUUUGAAAACGAGGCUGUA